ACAAACAAAAUAUCAACAUUCGAAGCGAAGUUAUGGAGUUUAAAAAGAUAAAGACUUACGGGAGAUUUAAACAUCGUGUAAUUAAGAGCGAUCUUUGGAUCUCAACUAGCUCAGAAAGCUCAAUAAGCGAUGGAUCUAUAUUAUGUGAGAAUAUAUCAUCACAAACCGUGGAUAUUUCGUCCAAAGGGAAAGAGAAUGCUCGACCUGGUCACUCAACCCCAUACAGCGGGAAUUCACGCGUCACCGUCAGACGGCGAAGACUGCCAACCAUCAGUCCUCUUCUCACAGAAUCACCAUCAGACGCCAAAACCAGCCAGUUUGACAGUCCUAGCUUGUUCUCUGAUACCAGCAACAUAGAUUAUGAAGACUUGGCCAAUGAGAGUGAAUCACGGUGUAACACAGCCAAUCAGAGCGAAUCAAGAUGCAGCACAGCCAAUCAGAGCGAUGCUAAAUUAAGCAUUGCUAAUUCGAGUUUGACAAGUGAAUUAUCGGAUUCCACAACAAGAAACGAAUUAGAGAUGGAAAUAAAAUUACAAAAACUUUCAAGCAAUGAUAUUCUAAAUAUCUCCGAUGGGAUAAAAUGCUUAUCCCUAAAUGAAGAAAUUCUAAAUGAGGUUUCCUCUGAUAGAAUUCUCAGACAUUCGGACAUGAAUAGCCGAAAAAGUAUUUCGGGCAAAGUAAAACACACUUCAUUUGAAUCUGAAUGCGAGAUUUCAACUAAUUUCCAGUCUAGACAAAACGAAGAAAUUUCGGCGGACGAAGACUUACCUUUGGCAAAGAAAUUUCGAGAGUUUCGUUUACUUGAUGCGAAAGUUUAUCUGAGUAAAAAAGACGGUCUGAAACAAUCCUCAAAUGCGGCCAAUAUCGAAACCAAUGUGAAAGAGGUGGGAAAAGCACACCCCAAGUAUGAAACCCACACGCCUGCGAACAGCGAAGGGAUUGAAGAGAUUCAAGAAAAGAAUGCCAACUGCUCUACAUUUGCGGACGCUCUAACGCCAGGAAGUUUCAGUCGGCAGCGUCCGAAAAAAAGGCCAUUAAGCUCCUUCGAAAAAAUCCUCCAACAAUGCGGUCAAAAUAGAGCAUUGAAAUUCCAUGAAAUACUAUCGAAAAGAGUUCUGGAAAACUGUGUUAAAGUCGGUGAGGGGACUUACGGAGAGGUUUUCAAGUUUAAUUAUGGUGUUGAAGAUGCUGCUUUGAAGAUUAUUCCAGUUGAAGGGGAUUUUCCAGUAAACGACGAACCCCAGAAGUCGUUUGAAGAGAUGAUUCCUGAAAUCGUGAUUUCAAAAGAACUUAGUAAACUUGGUGAUUUUGACGAGGACGAUUGCAGUGCCAACGCUUGCUCAAAUUUCAUAAAAGUUAAGAGGGUGAUGCUCGUUCAAGACUGUUACCCGAAAAAAUUAUUGCAAGAAUGGGACAGCUGGAAAAACGGCCAUAUCUGUGAAAACGAACGACCCGAUAUGUACCAAUCGGACCAAUACUUCGUUGUCUUCGAGUUUAUUGAUGGAGGCGAAGACCUGGAACGCUUCGAAUUCAAGUCGUUUCAAGAGGCGUUGAGUGUCUUACAACAAGUUGCAUUGUCUCUCAGUGUUGCUGAGAAAUCGCUGACGUUUGAGCACCGCGAUUUGCACUGGGGUAACGUGCUUAUCAAAAGAACAAAAUGCAAGACAGUUCACUACAAGUUAUGUGGAAAUGAUAUCUCCGUCGAUAGCGCUGGUGUUUUUGUCAGCAUCAUCGAUUUCACAUUGUCAAGACUCGCAAAAGAUGGAGUAACGGUAUUUUGCGACCUUUCCAAAGAUCCCGACAUAUUCAACGGGAAAGGCGACUUUCAAUUUCAGGUCUACAGACUUAUGAAGAAAACAAAUGGCAACAACUGGGAGAUUUAUAAACCAUACUCAAAUGUUCUUUGGAUGCGAUAUUUGAUCGACAAAGUACUAAAUGCCAAAAAGUACAAGAAAGCGCAAGCAAGCGUUCAACGAAACAUCAGAACGUAUUAUCGACAAGUGCUGUCAUUUGAAUCGGCAUUUGAAGCAGUGCAAGACGGAUUUCUAGGAAUAGAUGUUUGCAAUGAUCUGUAGAAACGGCAACCAAUGUGUAUCAUGUUUUUAAAGAUAUAUGU